CAAAAGGCAUUCGGUUGUUGUUGUCCGCAUGUAUAAAAGGGUAAAGCCGGAAGGAAGCUGGAUCCACACGCGGUUCACGUUCAUGGAACGUCGCAUCGCAGCAUGAAAGACGAGUUCAAGUAUUUAACAGGUUUUGGUUGCGAGUUUUCGAGCGAGGACGAACGUUGUCCAGGUGCUCUACCGGACGGCCAGAACAAUCCCCAGAAAUGUCCUUACGGCUUGUACGCGGAACAAUUAUCGGGCACAUCGUUCACUGCACCACGCUCCCGCAACAGACGAUCGUGGUUCUAUCGAAUUAGACCAUCGGUCGUUCACGAACCUUUCAAAUCGAUCAGUAGCCCUCGCUUAGACUAUAGAUGGGACGCUGUGACUCCAACACCGAAUCAGUUAAGAUGGAGUCCGUUCCAAGUACCGAACAGGCAAACACCGGAAGUGGAUUUUGUCGACGGUUUACAUACGAUAUGCGGGGCGGGUGAUUUUCGCGCUCGACAAGGUGUCGCGAUCCACGUGUACCUUUGCAACGCCUCGAUGAAAGAUAAAGCCUUCUACAACGCUGACGGAGAUUUUCUUAUCGUGCCCCAGUUAGGCACGUUGGUGAUAACCACAGAGUUUGGAAAGAUCCAUUGCCAACCGAACGAAAUAUGCGUGGUGCAGCAAGGUAUGCGAUUCAACGUCGCGGUGUUCGGCCCGUCCCGGGGUUACAUCCUGGAGGUGUUCGACGAUCAUUUCCAACUGCCCGAUUUGGGUCCAAUAGGAGCGAACGGAUUGGCGAAUCCGCGAGAUUUUCAAUCGCCUGUUGCUUGGUUCGAGGAUCGUGAGACAGAUUAUAAAAUCGUGUCCAAGUAUCACGGUAAACUGUUCGUUGCCCGGCAAGGCCAUAGCCCAUUCGACGUGGUCGCCUGGCAUGGGAAUUAUGUCCCGUACAAAUAUAAUCUUGAAAAGUUCAUGGUCAUCAAUUCGGUUUCUUUCGAUCACUGUGACCCGUCGAUUUUCACGGUAUUGACUUGUCCCUCGGGAAAGCCCGGCACAGCGGCGGCCGACUUCGUGAUAUUCCCACCCCGAUGGUCCGUGCAGGAGCACACGUUCCGGCCUCCUUAUUAUCAUCGGAACUGUAUGAGCGAAUUCAUGGGCCUAAUAAAGGGACAAUACGAGGCAAAAGAGGAUAAUUUUCAACCAGGCGGUGCAUCGUUGCAUUCGAUUAUGACGCCGCAUGGGCCAGACGCGCGUUGUUUCGAAACAGCUUCGAACAGCGAGCUGAAACCCGAGCGCAUCGCCGACGGAACUCAAGCUUUCAUGUUUGAGACCACAUAUAGUUUAGCAGUGACCGAAUGGGCCGCUCAUUUGUCUGACAAGUUGGACCACGAUUAUUACAAAUGCUGGCAGUCUCUUCAGAAGCAUUUUAAUUUAAAUUCCAAGUCGCACUGAUUUAAUGAC